AUGGCCCUCCGCCCGCCCUUGCCUCCGCCCAGCCCUCCGCCCUCCGCUCUCGCCCUCCGCCCUUGCCCUGGCCGGCCUGGGUGGCAUCUCUUCAUCUUCACGCGCCAAGCCGCCGCCCGCUCGCUUGCGCUCCUGCUCGCCGCGACGGGUGGGGGCCGCGACCUCGCCGACUUCUCCAACCGCGUCUGGCGCCACCUGCACCAGCGUGGCAACCUGCCGCCUGACAACCCGCAGCUCCGCGCGUACCAGAGGAACCUGCCCACCCUGAUCGCGGAGCGGGCGCGGCACGUCCUCGAGCUCGUCGCCGUCGCGCAGGCCGAGGGCGGCGACGGCGCGCCCCACCUCCCCCGCGACGCGUGGCUCUCCGCCCGCCGCUGCUUUGCCUUUCUCGCACCCGGGGCGGGCAAAAGCCUCUCCAUCGCCCUCGCCAUCGUCCUCUUCCCGCACGCUGCGACGCCGCCGCCGGGGUGCGGUGUGCCCCCGACGGCGGCGCGGCACCUCAUCGUCUUCCCCUUCUGCACCAACAUCAACGAGCUCCUCGACGAGGGCCUCUGCCUCGAGGAGAGGCCCUGCCGCGAGUGCCGCGCCGCAGCGAGGCAGGCCGAGCCCGCCUGCUGCGACGCGUGCCGCAACGAGCUGCACCACGCCGCGGAGGCGUCGUCGCUCUGCUCGCGGCUCGGCCUCCGCCGCACCCACGUCAUCGAGCUCGCGCGCCACGUCUACGUCCUCCCCGACCGCUUCAACCCGCGCGAGAACCUGCGCCACCGGCGCGACUUUGAGCAGGCGUGGAUCGUGCUCGCGACGCAAGACAAAGUGGCGCGCGCGUGCGAGGCGGGGCACAUCGGGCCGGCCGACGUCCGCGCGCUCUGGGCCGACGAGGGCGACUACGGCAACAACCCCGACGAGCGGCGCGGCAGCUUCAGCUGGGACAUCAUCCAGCGCACGCUCUGGGCCUCGUGGGUCCGCUUCACGUACGGCGACCUGUACCGCUCCUACGACGCCUGCCAGCUCACCGUCACGACGCUCUGCGCGCACGGGCUCGUGGUGGGCGGGCGCCGCAUCGGGGACGAGCCGCUCACGGAGGAGGACGUGGACGUCUUCUGCCGCAAACUCCUCAACCAGCACGACGAGUGGCGCAUCCCCACGCAGGGCGUGCUCUUCAACGCCCGCAACUCGGGCGGCGAGGAGGUCUGGCGCCAGCUCUGCGGCAUCGCGGCGCGGCUGCCUCCGUCGCCAGUCACCGGCCGGCCGCUGCGCGUCGCGGUCGCGUACACGCGCCUCUCGAGAGCCGAGGACACAGCGCCCUUCCGCAACACGGAGCGCGUCAUCGCCGCCUUCAAAGCGCUCGAGUACGACAUCAUCGUGCUGUCCAACAUCGGCUGCCGCGGCCUCAACAACUCGAUGAUCAUGGUGGGGCUCAACAUGUACCCGCACAACACCAGCGUCGCCUCGCGCAACGAGCAGUGGCAGCGCGUCAACCGGCUCAUCCGGCCGAUCCGGCUCGACCCGCGGCUCGUCGAGCUGGUCGAGCGACUCUACGGCCGAGAGGUGGCCGCCGCGCUGGGCCAGUUCGUGCUGCACCACCGGCUGCACCGCCUCCACCAGCGCGCCGACCUGCUCGAGAUCGACGCCAACUUCGCGGCCAACAACGCCAACCUGCGGCAGUGCAUCGCCGAGCAGGGCGCCGAGGCGGCGGUCACCCUCUCCAGCGAGCGGCUCGUCGACCUGCUCCCGCCCGAGGCGCUGCUGCCCGCCGACGGCGAGGGCGAGGAGGGCGAGGGCUCGCUCGACGGCAGCAGCGUCCUUAGCGAGGAGAGCGGCGGGGAGGAGAGCGAGGAGAGCGGCGAGGAGAGCGAGGAGGAGGGGGAGGAGGCGGCGGCGCUGCGGCGGGAGGAGGAGGAGCGGCGGCGGCGGCAGGAGGAGGAGCAGCAGCUUGCGGCGGUGGCGCGCGAGCGGGAGCGGCGGGAGCGCGCGGCGCGCGCGAGAGAGGCGCGCCAGCAGGCGCAGAUCCGGCGCGACGGGCAGAUGUGGUCCCGCUUCCGGGCGUGGCCGCGGCGGUCGCGGAAAACGGUGACGCUUGACACGCUGGUCGGCUCGAUCCUCAACGCGAUGGACAUCUCCAUCCACGAGCGGCGGCGGGUCGCGACCCUCUUCCAGCGCGCCCUCGCCGAGGGCCCCGCCGUGCUGAGCGAGCUGGCCGGCCUCGGCGGGGGCGGCCCCCUCCUCGCCCCCGGCCGGUCCCUCCUCCGCCUCCACGAGCGGGUUGCCGAGGUGCGCGGCGAGCCCGCCCCGAUCUGCGCCGUCUGCCGCGAGCCGCCGCAGCCCGGCUCGGCCUGCAUCCUGUGCUGCUGCUUCGGCGUCAUGUGCGUCGCGUGCCUCGACCGCUGCCCGACCUGCCCGCUCUGCCGCUGCCGCCGCUGCUCCGCCGCCCUCGUCCCGCCAGUCGACGUCCCCUCGCCCCUACUCGCCAGCCUGCUGGAGCGGCCGCUGCAGCGGCUUCACGCAAGAGGCUUCACGCAAGAGGGUCUCCUCUCGCAGUCGCCGCGCCUCUUCCAGGAGCUGCAGUUCAUGGUCCGGCGCUGGGAGCAAGCGCUGCCGCCACCUCCACCUCCUCCGCCGCCAGUCGACGCCCCCUCGCCUCUCCUUGCCGGCCUGCUGGAGCGGCUGCGCCACGCCGCGACCGUCAGCCGUACUUACUCGUGCGUGUUUGUGCCGUUUGUGCACGCGCUGCUGCAAGACGGAGAAAUGGCGGCCGAGGCGGCGGCGUGGGCGGCGCACGACCCGGCGUGGGCGGCCCUGCUCGAGCGGUACCGCGAGUUCUUCGAGGCGUCGCCGCGCCUCGCGCCGCUGCUCCAGCCCAACGCCGUCCGUGACAUCAACUUGGCGGCGUUGCCCGGCUGGCCGUACAUUGAACCGGCGCCCGAGCAAGAGGACCCGGCGCUGCGCGGGCGGCAGGACGAGCCGUGGCCGCUGCAGAGCCCGGGGCGGGGCUUCACGCAGGAGGGCCUUCUCUCGCAGUCGCCGCCCCUCUUCCAGGAGCUGCAGUUCAUGACUCACCUCCUCCGGGCGGUGGUCGACGAGAUUGCAACCAGCGUGCUCGGCGACGUGAUGUAUGACCACGCGCAUCUGCGCCGCCGCCCCGAGCUGCGCGAGCACCUGCUCAGGGGCACGGAGCGGGAGGUGCGGGCGCGGCUGGCGGGGCUGAUCAACGCGAUGCACGGCGGUGGUCUGCCGACCACGUACCGCCGCAUCCGCUUCGACGCGGCGGCGCACGGCGGCGGCGGCGGCGGGCGGGUGGCGGUGGUGCUGCGGCUGCUCGUCUGA